AUGGUGCAUUGUGCGGGCUGCGAGAGGCCGAUUUUGGACCGGUUCCUGCUGAACGUCUUGGACAGGGCUUGGCACAUCAAAUGCGUCCAGUGCUGUGAGUGCAAGUGCAACCUGACCGAGAAAUGCUUCUCCAGGGAAGGCAAACUCUACUGCAAAAACGACUUUUUCAGGAGAUUUGGUACCAAAUGCGCCGGCUGCUCCCAAGGCAUCUCUCCCAGCGACCUGGUGCGGAAAGCCCGGAAUAAAGUGUUUCACCUGAACUGUUUCACCUGCAUGGUCUGCAACAAGCAGCUCUCCACGGGCGAAGAACUCUAUAUCAUCGACGAGAAUAAAUUUGUUUGCAAAGAGGAUUAUUUGAACUCUCCCACACUGAAGGAAGGCAGCCUCAACUCAGGUACGAGCGGCUCAACCCCUCUCCACAGGAGUUUGUCCCCGGAUCUCCAGGACCCCAUGCAGGACGACACCAAGGAGACGGACAACUCGACCUCCUCGGACAAGGAGACCACCAACAACGAGAACGAGGAGCAGAACUCGGGCACCAAGCGGAGGGGUCCCCGCACCACCAUUAAAGCCAAGCAGCUGGAGACCCUCAAAGCUGCCUUUGCAGCCACCCCCAAGCCCACUCGCCACAUCCGAGAGCAGCUGGCCCAGGAGACCGGACUUAACAUGAGAGUUAUCCAGGUCUGGUUCCAGAACCGCCGGUCCAAGGAGCGGCGGAUGAAGCAGCUGAGCGCGCUGGGUGCCCGCCGGCACGCCUUCUUCCGGAGCCCCCGCAGGAUGCGGCCCCUCGGCGGCCGCCUCGACGAGUCCGAGAUGCUCGGAUCGACCCCCUACACGUACUACGGAGAUUACCAAGGUGACUACUACGGUCCGGGAGGCAAUUAUGACUUUUUUCCCCACGGGCCGCCCUCCCAAGCCCAGUCCCCGGCCGACUCCAGCUAUCUUCAGAACUCAGGACCCGGCUCCACACCCCUGGGACCCUUGGAGCCCCCCCUAAGCGGACACCACUCCUCAGAAAACCAAAGGUACACGGAUAUGAUCUCGCAUCCCGACACCCCCAGCCCCGAGCCGGGGAUGACCGGUUCGCUGCACCCCAUCCCGGGGGAGGUCUUCAGCGGGGGGCCCAGCCCCCCCUUCUCCAUGUCCAGCAAUAGCGGCUACAGCGGGGGGCUCCCGCACCCCAACCCGGAGCUCAGCGAGGCGGCGGUGUGGUAG